CAGAUCUUCAUCAUUUGCAUUUAGAAACCAGAUGUACGAAGGAGGCAACUUCGUGUGUUGCCUUUUUGACUAGAGCGGGCGAAGAAGACGAACCCACUCUUCCUUCCUUCAUCGUUUGCUUAUUUAAUCCGAUCCCUUGCCCUACAAACGCAGAAGAAGACCCCCUUGCCCCUUUCAUCCCCUUCUUCCUAAAGAUCUCACAUUUUUUCCCUUUCAUCUAUGUGCCGCGGUCCCCGAAAGUCAUCUCUACCUUUCAUGGACACCACCGGCGCCACCGCUACCAUAAAGCCGUCGCCUUUAUCUUCACCGGAUUCUGAAUCCGUCUUCCUCCUCGAACUCGCCGCAAACAACGACCUUUACGCCUUCAAGCAUGCCGUAGAAGACGGAGCAGCCUCUUUCGAUAUUGCAGCACCGUGGUACUCCCGCUCGGUAGGUCCGACUUCCUCCCCAACACGCCGCAUGGCCUACGCUAACCGGACUCCGGCCAUGAUCGCUGCCCUCUACGGCAGCAUCGACGUUCUUUCCUACAUCGUCAGUCAUAACUCCGACAGCGUCAACCGACGAUGCGACACCGAUGGCGUCACCGCUCUCCACUGCGCAGCAGCUGGUGGAUCGCUGGCGUCGCUCGAAGCAGUCAAGCUUCUCAUCAACGCUUCGGCGGACGUCGACGCCGUUGACGCUGCCGAAAACCGCCCCGGCGACGUUAUCGCUAAGCAGUUCUCUGCUUCCAUGGCGAAAGACCUCGAGGUUCUUCUCAAAGCUCCGUGCCCUCGAGUUUCAUCUCCUUCAAAGAAGGAAUACCCGCCGGAUUUAACUCUCCCGGAUUUGAAAAACGGGAUCUAUAGCACCGAUGAGUUCAGGAUGUAUACUUUCAAGGUGAAGCCUUGCUCCAGAGCUUACUCUCAUGACUGGACAGAGUGCCCUUUUGUCCACCCUGGUGAGAACGCACGGCGACGGGAUCCCAGGAAGUAUUCUUAUAGCUGUGUUCCUUGCCCUGAUUUCCGCAAAGGUUCUUGCUUGAAAGCUGAUUCCUGUGAAUAUGCACACGGGGUGUUCGAGUGUUGGCUUCAUCCAGCUCAGUAUCGUACUCGUCUUUGUAAAGAUGAAACUGGAUGCAACAGACGAGUUUGUUUCUUCGCACACAAGGUGGAUGAGCUUAGAGUGGUGAAUCCUACCACGGCUUCUGUUGCCGGCCAUAUUUUGUCAUCCCCUAGAUCAUCGGCUAUUGGUGUUUCUUCUCUGGACAUGAUGGCUGCUCUUAUGAUGCCGAUGUCGCCUUCAUCUUCUUCAUCCGCUACAGCGUGGAUGAGUUCUUCUUCAGCUAGUCUGGUGCAGCCUCCUGCUCUGCAGCUACCGAGUAGCAGGCUGAAGGCAAGCUUGAGCGCAAGGGACCUCGAUUUGGAUCUCGAAUUGAUGGGCAUGGAAGGUUACCAACAGAAGCUGCUUGAUGAAAUCUCAACCAGUGCUGCUGCUUCUCCUCGAUCGAACUGGAAGACUAAUUGUUUCAAUACUGCUUCUGAUUACAAUGAUCUGAUUGGUUCAAUCGACCCUUCUAUGCUGUCCCAACUUCAAGGUCUCAACUUGAAGGGUUCUUCUGCUUAUGGGAACAAUAUGGCUUCUUCUCCCAACGUGACAGCUUCUUCUUCGUUUGGACUUGAUCAUUCGAUGGCAAAGGCCAUCAUGAAUUCAAGGCAGGCAGCUUUUGCUAAGAGGAGUCAGAGUUUUGUUGACCGAGGAGCUUCUCCCCGCCAUCUUCCAGCCCUUUCAUCUCCAUUAACUUCGGCUACCCCAAGCUCGCCGGUAGCCAUUUCUAACUGGGGAUCUCCUGAUGGAAAAUUGGAUUGGGGGAUUCAAGGAGAUGAAUUGAACAAGCUGAGAAAGUCGGCGUCUUUCAAUUUCCGCAGCAAUGGAAGUAACACUUUUGGUGGGAUGGUUUAUCCUGCCAUAGCACCUUCUGCAGAUGAGCCUGAUCUCUCUUGGGUCCAGCAUCUCGUGAAGGAUGGUCCUUCAGCAACCGGUCUGCCUUCAUAUCACCGCACCCUUCUUGAGCAACAGAAACAGUUUCAGCGAAACGUCGGGGGAGGUGGUGCUGAUUUCCUUUCCUUCGAUCAACUCUACGCAGAGCAGGAGAGGAUGCAGGAGGUGGCUUGAUCAUGAAAUUAGCCAUAUGAUUCUCUCAAAUUCCUGACUAUUUGUAUUUUUUCGUUAUUUGUUUCUUUGGUAUCUUCUUUUUGAUUCAAAUCUAUUAUUACAUAACCUUCUGAAGUGGCUUCCUCAGACGAGAAGAAAGGAUGCCCCAAGGGUUUCUGAACUGGUGGUAGAACAACUCUGCCUUCAUCUUUUCUCUUUUAUUUUUAUAAGUUGUUACAAGAAAAUGAGCUAAUAACAGAGAAUUGUAGAAGCUGAAUAAUAAUUUGAAAUAGGUAUAUUAUGUUUCAGACCUCAGCUUCCUGUUCCAGGGCUUAUUGUAUAAAUUUUUAAAUGAGAAUUUAAAUC